AUGCAAAUUGACUAUGCAUUGUACGAAGUCAAAACCUCUAAAAUUCAGAUCGAGCGUGACCGCAUCGCCAAGCCAUCACCGACAGCCACCACUGUAGCCGAGGAACCGCUUUUAGAAGAACUUCUCCAAGCCGAAGCAGCGGUUAGACAACUACGCUCGAGCGUCAUUACCAGGACGUCUGAUGCUAGACGAGGAGAAGCCACGACCAUUGAUGUAACUGAUAGUAUGCACCAACAGCUCGUGCUCAUGGUGGAGUGGGCCAAGAGAUUGGUGUCAUUUUCUAAAUUACCGAUGCGGACGCAGGUCGGGUUAUUACGCCACUUCUCCGCCCAACACCUCGUCAUGUGCGCGGCAUUCCGCUCGAUCCACCUUGACGACGCCGUGUGGCUGACCAACGAGACACGACUCCAUAAGAACUCCACAAAAGUGCCAGACGUCAACCGUGUAGCCGCCCGGAUCGUCGAUCAAUUAACGGUACCGAUGCGGCGGCUUCAGAUGAACGAGAUCGAAUACUGCGCCUUGAAGGCGGUCGCUUUCUUUGAUCCAAUCGCAAAAGGGGUGGACGAUUCCUACGAAGAGGUGGAUUUGUCGCGGCAGGAGGUGCUCGACGCCUUCGAGCGGUACGUCAGAUUUGUAUCUCCGCUGCGAGAGGUCCCGCGAAGACUCUCACAACUGCUGCUCCUUCUCCCUCCGGUGCUCGGCAUCGCGCGCGACCUUGUCGAAGACGUGCAGCUGGCAAAGCUGUUUGGGCUCGCUUCGAUCGACAGACUGAUGGCCGAGCUGAUGCUCCCCGGCGAGAACCACCAUAACGAGGAGAAAAUGGAGGACGGGAGCCCGCUCUAUAGCCCCGCGCCCAGCAUCCAUGUCCACACCUCCGAAGCCCCAGCUAGC